AAAGCAUUUUAUCAGGUAUGUGAGAAUGGAGUCUGCUGUCCACUACCAAUAUGCAUGAAUGGUCAGAUCGCCAUCCAGCUUUGUGCAUUUGGAAACAUUUGUCCUAUGGGUUAUGUCUGUGAAGGUCGUGGUUGUUGCAUAGAACCGUUACCACUAUGCCCGAAUGGUGGUCGCGCAACGCAACGUUGCAGUCGCGGUGUGGAUUGUCCGCCAGGAUUCGGAUGUACUGGGAUGGGCGGUUGCUGCUUGUUGUCGCUGGAACCAGUGUGUCCGUCGAAUCAAAACGCUAUUUGCCAAUCAUCACAGAGGGCUUAUGACCAGAUACCAGGUACCACUUGCCAAUCGAAUUCCCAGUGCAAUGGUUACCGCAGCAAUGGCGCGCAGUGCAUGCAAUCAAUUUGCGUGUGCAUCAACGGCGCCGCGUCGAAUGGUGCAACAUGUCAGCAGCUUAAUCCUGCCACUCUGCUACAGGUAGUUUCUGCUCGGAGGUAG